GAGGCGUGCAGGGGGGUCCUGGAGGAGUGGACGGCACAAGCUUCUUUAACUUCUCUCUGUGCGGACACACAGGGCUUCUUCUCAGCUCCACAUGCAAGAAGUGCAAACUGUGGUCAUCUGAUUACAUAAUGACCCAAUAACAGUGAGCCAGAACCGGUACUGCCAGUACCAGUGUGCUGGGAGACACAGACUGACCGAUGGUUAAUCCUCAUCCAUGCCUCUCUUCUGACGGGUUUCAUGCCUUUUUUACAGAGAGUUUUUCUUUUUUUAAACAUAGGAUGACAACAGACAACAACAGGGAGACCGCAAAAGACAAACAUGCAAGCAAUGUGAUGUCAAAGUGAGAGGUGAUUUAAAACAUGCUUGAGCUAUCAACAAGGUUGCGUCAUCCAAAACCGUGAGAUUUUGUAAUCUUUUUGCUGUCUGUCUUUUUCACAUGUCUGCUGAACAGUGAAACUAAUUAAAUUUUCCAAGUUUCUAAGCUGUGGUCACAGUGAACUUCUGUUACAAGUCAACAGGAAGCACCAGCCAUGACCUCAGCAACUCCCCCCUCCUCUGAAGGCUCCUCUCCUCAGAAAGUAUGCCACUCCCAGACACAGACUGACAUCACCAAGCCCCUGCUGGGCUCCACAGGGGCCACCGGGGUUGUGGGUGCAGGUGGAGGAGGAGCAGGAGCUGGAGGGCCCUGUGCGCUGAGGAGGAGGCGCCGCGUCCUCUCGAAAGAUGGACGAAGCAAUGUACUCAUCGAGCACGUAAGCGGGCGAGGGGCGCUGUACCUUCGCGACCUCUGGACGACUUUCCUGGACAUGCAAUGGCGCUACAAGUUCUUCCUCUUCUCUGCCACCUUUGCUGGGACCUGGUUCCUGUUUGGAGUGCUUUGGUACCUGGUGGCACUGGUACAUGGAGAUCUACUGGAGUUUGACCCCCCAUCCAACCAUACUCCAUGUGUAAUGGAGGUGAAGACCCUGACGGGAGCCUUCCUCUUCUCUCUGGAGUCUCAGACCACAAUUGGCUUCGGUUUCCGGUGCAUCACAGAGGAGUGUCCCGUCGCCAUUGUCCUGCUCAUCUUUCAGCUGGUCAUCACCAUGGUGAUGGAGAUCUUCAUCACUGGCACCUUCCUUGCGAAGGUCGCUCGUCCCAAGAAGAGGGGCGAGACGGUGAAGUUUAGUCAACACGCUGUUGUGUCAAAUCAUGAGGGUCGCCCCUGCCUCAUGAUCCGAGUGGCCAACAUGCGCAAAAGCCUGCUGUUAGGAUGCCAGGUGACGGGGAAGUUGCUUCAGACGUCCCUGACAAAGGAGGGUGAGACGGUGCGGCUGGACCAGCGCAAUGUACCUUUCCAGGUGGACACGUCCAGCGACAGCCCCUUCCUCAUCAUCCCCCUGACUUUCUACCACAUCAUAGAUGACAACAGCCCCCUCAGGGCCUGGGCAACCAAAGGUGGUGGCUGGACAGACCCGGAGUUGGCAGAUUUUGAGCUGCUGGUGAUCAUGAGUGCCACGGUUGAGCCGACCUCCGCUACCUGCCAGGUUCGAACAUCCUAUCUUCCCGAUGAGAUCCUCUGGGGCUAUGAGUUUCCCCCUGUCGUCUCCCUGUCUCCUUCAGGAAAGUAUGUGGCAGACUUCGCCUUCUUCGACAAAGUGGCCAAAACCAAAACUCCACCCCUCUUUAAGCAGGCCCUGCCACCGAGCCCGCCAUCUCAGGCGUCCCGUUACAACGGCGGUAAGGAGGAUGGGAAGGACCCAGAGAAGAUGCGACUGGAGGAAAGCUACAGGGGGGGAAGAGAAGGGGCGAGAAAGGCGCAUCAGAGAUAGCAGCCCACUGAGUGUGCGUAUUAGUAAUGUGUGAGAGAAAAAAAAAGACAGGAAGAGGUUUCAGAAAGCUGUUGUGAAACUGAGUUACUGUAAAGACAGAAAGAAAAGAAGCAAACUGCUCUACAGAAGAAGUUCAAUUCUCACACGAAAACAUCUCCCCACCUGUACACACACCUACUCAUAUUUGUGGAAAUUAAACACAUGGGCGCCCACCAACCACACACAGACACACUGUUAAUGCUACUGUAUAACCACAACUCUGUUGACAGCAUAGCCUACUGAUGAUAUCUGUGUCUGCAACCAGCUUCAGAAGGAACAAGUUACAAACCCAACAUGUACAAAUGUACAGCACAACAUGAAGUCAUCCAUAGAGACAUUUUCUAAACUUAUAUUCAUGGGGAUUCACUGGAAGAUACUCAAACAAUGCAAAAACCUUCAUCUUAUCAGGUCACUUCUGUCUAUAAUUUAGCUACGACUCAAGAGUAGUAGGAAUAACUUAACAUGAUUCCAAUAGAAAUCAACUUGUUUCAAGAAUUUGCUAGAAAUAGGCGUCUCUUCCUUGAACGAAAAGGGAAAAAGAAAACUAAGGUUGAUCGGAAUAAAUAUUCUCACCACACCUGCAGAUUUUUCAUCUGUUUUAAGUAAAUAAGAACUCAAUAACAGACAAAUUGAUUUGAGAAAAUGAAUUUUGCAAUGUAGUUGAACGUCUGAUAUGGAUUUUUAUCACUGAAUCACAGUACUGUUAUUUUCCUUUUUUUAAUUAAUAAAGAACCUGCAACAGGUGGCGAAAAUACUGGAAACAUAGUAUAUUUUUAACGAAGGAUUUUUAAGGAAUGUAUCAUAUUUUAUGUAGCCAAUAGUUUCUAACAACAUUGUGACAUGUGCUCUUUGAAUGUUUAUUGUUUAUGGGGAAAAUGGGUUUGGUAAUUUUACUAAAAGCACUUUAACUUGAAAGAAAAGUGGCAUUUCACAUAAGGGGAAUAACUGAACUAACUGAUACCUAAUGCACUGUAAUAAAUGAUAAAAUCUUCUGGUUAUGUUUGGGCUGUGUGAAUGUGAGUGAGCGGUUUAAUGCUUGAAAAUGGGUAAUUUUGUGAGUAUCAUAAUAGUGUUUGUAUGAACCUUUUUGUGAACUGCGUUAAUGUCAUGUGCAGUAUGUGUGUGUUAAUGAACCUCUGUACAGUGUAUAAAAAUAUUUUUUCUACAUUCUUCAUUUCUUCAUGUCCUGACAUUUGAUACACAACUCCAUAUUUCCAAUAUAACAUAUAAAUUGUUGUCACAGCACAUUGUUUUUCCUGUAAAGUACAGUCAACCCAUCUUUUUACUGCUGUAAUUGUUUUCAUUCCGUGGUUAUAAAAGUAUCUGUAGAUUCUGCCAAUAUGUGUCUAAUCAGCUUUAUUACGUGUUUGAUGAAGAAAAUAUAUUUUGACAAAAAUCUUUUUCUUUUUACUCUACAUGGAAUUUUGACAGAUGCAUUAACAUUAAUUUAAAUUAUGCUACAUGUUUAAGGGGACUAGUUAAAUUUGUUGAUUAAUUAUGACAAAAAAUUAGACAUCUGAAUUUUUAUGUAAAGAAACGAAGAUCAUCAGAAAAUUACAAAGAGAUAGAGUGCCAGAAACUUUUCUUCUAGUCUUAGCAUUUAGUGUUUUUGUUUGAAUGGCCAACAGAGCAUGCAAUUAAAAAUUAGGCAUUUAUUUUGUACCUGAUAAUCUUUUUUAAAUGUGUGCUCUUGAUACUACUUUGGGAUUAAGUACCACCUUUUAAAUGAAAUACAUACAUAAAAAUUCCAUAUUAGCCUAGGAUAUACAGACUAUUGCACCAAUCUCGUCUUAACCUAGAAGUGUAUCUAUAACAGCUUUUCAGAGGACUGACUAGGGCUUCAAUUAUAUGAUUCUCUGACUUGUCCAGGUGACACAUACAACUAAACAUCACUCAUAAUAUUAGAAGCUAAUUGGUUGAACUUUUUAAGUAACGUUUUUUAAGUGGCUCUUUUAAUAAAUGUAUUUUUUGCAACUUAUUUGUAAAUCAACCUGUUUGAAUUGACUCCACAGCAUACAGCCCAAAAUAGCAUGUUUUUUCAUCAUCAUCUCAGAUGUUGACCUUUUUUAAUUGAUAUUUACCAACAUUGAGAGGAGCUGGUUAAAAAUGCUAUUGUUGGUGCAUCUGUGACCAGCCCUACUAGAGGAUGACAAACUUCCCGCCUACAAAGAAACCUGAUUUGACAAACCUGUCGCUCGGGUGUCCUCUGACCAAUCAAUUUAACACCAAUACACACUGGUUCAAUAAUGGGUAUUGUUCCUCGUUAGUGGUGUGAAUAUGAUUUUAAAUCUUAAUAUUACUUGUGAAUAUCAGUAUAAGAUUAGUGGUCCUAUAGCUUAAAAACAUAAACCUGUUUUAAAACGUCAUAAAUACAAUAAAUAUUAGGCCUACCAAAUUGGAGCCGAUGUUAACUACGCUAGCCUUAGCUAAAAAAUGCUACCUUAUGUUAACUGGCAUUAAGCUAAUGCACUUACACAAAGUUAUCUUAACAUUAGCUGAAACAUUAGCCACUUUCUAAUUACAAGAAAACCAAUAUCAUACAUAGUCUACUACUUUGACACAGUUUUUAACUACAUUUUUGUUCCUGGAAGUGGGUCCCUAGUUCUUCAUUUGUGCAGGAAAUUUCCAACAUAAAACUGAACCUGUUCUUCAUGUUAAUUGAUGAAUAUGAGAAAUAUGUUGCCAGUGUUAUAACACACUAGGGCAACACAAGGCUGUAUAAAGAGUGUGUAGUCCCUUCAUGCUACACACAUGAUAGAACCUUAAAAAUAAAUAAAACAUACAUAUAUACAUACAUGUAU